GAAAUCAUGGACGGCAAGAACUCCUCCGGCCGCCGAAUUUCUCUCUUGAACGACAGCGCAGCAGAACCUCAGCUCCCCAUCCGCAUCCCCUCCAUCCCGCCCUCCCUGCGCUCAAGGACCUCCAGCUACACCUCCUCUCCCAUCGGUUCCCCCGCUACGCCCCAGCUAGUGCGCAGCAACUCGACCGACUCGGCAGGCACCAUGCAAACACCAUCCCCCAUCACGCCUGAGUUCAACUUCGACGGCCUCCCACCCCAGAGCCUCAACUCGCCCGUCUUCACCCAGAACAGCUUCUUCCCAACGCAAAAGGACCUGGUUUCCGCCUACCCUCCCCUCUCCCAGAACACAGGCCCGCUGCCCUACCCCAACAACAACAACCUGCAGCAGAACUACUUCAGACCUCAACCGCCACAGGAGAGCCACAAUGGCGCCGCCUCUGCGAACCCCCGCUCUAAGAAGAACAGCUAUCCUUGUCCGGUUGCCAAGCAGUACAACUGCGGCGACCACUUCACAACCUCUGGCCACGCCGCACGGCACGCGAAGAAGCACACGGGCAAGAAGGACGCCUUCUGCCCCGAGUGCAACAAGGCCUUCACCCGCAAAGACAACAUGGAGCAGCACCGCCGGACACACCAGAGCGGCCGCAACGUCGCAGGCAAGGGCACCGACAACAGCAUCAAGAAGGCCAAGGCCCAGGUGAAGCGGCCAAAACCCGCGCCACUGCAAUCGAAUCUGCCAUCGCUCUCCGGUCUGUCCAUGAUGGACCCCGCACUGCCCAUCAGCCCAUCCCAAAGCUUCAUGGCACCCGCUGUCCAACCUGCUGACUCAUUCGCCGACUACACCCAACGAUCACCCUACCCCGACCCCUCCCAGUACGCCUUGACUCACGGCUUCAAUCCCGGCUCAUCGUAUGGUCUGGACGCCCUGGCCAUCGCUGCAUCCGGAGAAAAGCGCAAGUACGAGGCCUAG